AUGCAGGACCACGAACACCGGAAGCAUAAGCUGUAAGAAGGGGUUGUGGGAUUAUGUUACUCGGUUAUUCGUCUUGUGAGAAACGAACGCCGAGCGCGCAAAGAUACGAAAAGAGAGCUCAUUCCACGCUGACUUGGGUUGACUGGGUAGCUCGAGCUUUUUGAGCUCAUACAUACAUAUAGUGCAAGUCAUAUAAAUUUUUUAUUGCUACUAGUCUGUUGGGGAAGUUGCUGGAGUAAUUUCAGCGGCAUGAACUUUGAGAAAACAAAGGUUUUGUUGGCAUUGUGCAAUUUGUGGCUUUUCGCACCAUGCAAUAGGCUUUUUUUCGUCGCUCGCACAAUGACUUUCUUGCACCGUGCAUGUCGCAAAAAUUGCUUCAAAGACGCGAAGGGAUUUGUCUAGUGGUUUCAGAAAGUGCGGAGACUUUUUGAUGAAAGCCGCGUCGUGCAUAAAACCCAUUUUUUGCGGCGUGAAUUUGACCCUCUGAACAGUGCAAGUGCAAUAUCGCAGCGACGCAAGAUUUUCUCAAGGGAGCCGGCGCAAAAAGAAAUUUCACAGUGCCAAAUGUUUCAAAAAGGAUAGCGUCGCGCAACAUGCACCGUGCGAUGCGAAAAAAGGCCGAAAAAAGUCUACGCACUUUGAAGAACGACUAAUAGUAAAUGUCAUAUGAAUUUUACUUUAUCGAUCUUACUAUACACUUUUACCAUUUUUUUUGCUUUUUCAGAACAGAAGACCUCGACGGCUACGUAAUGACGGACUGGAUUGGGAUAUCGGCCAUCUUAUUCUUCUACCUCCUCAUUCUCGGCGUGGGGAUAUGGGCCGGAAAGAAGACGGACAAAACCAAGACGAAGAGUGGGGAACAAGUAGCCGAAGUGAUGCUGGCCGGUCGGAAUAUCGGGACAGUCGUGGGGAUCUUCACCAUGACCGGUAUGUUGCGAGGAACUCGGCAAAAGUUUUUGGGAAUUUUCUGGGACUCUGCAUUGUGAGAAUUUAUGCGAUAGUUGAACACAGAAUUUCUCUCCGAAAAACACCAUUUUGCACUGUGCAAUUCCGUUUUUUGCGCUACGCCGCGCUCGAUUCCCAUCUUUUCGGGGAACGCUAGUCGCGCCAUGAAGUCCGCAGAAUAUUGCAGGGUGUGUUCAUACCCUUUUUCGCCCGUGCCCUCCCGUUUUUGCACUAGCGGCAUGAACUUUUCUGCGAGCACACUUUGUGACGUCGCCGAAAAAAUUCUGCGGACUUUAUGGCGCAACUAGUAGUUCAAGUAAAAUUUAUUUUUCGCAAAAAAUUCCCAAGACUUUUUACCGCAAGGUACUUAUUUCCUUGAAAAAAAUCAUCCUCCAUUCUUCAGCAACUUGGGUUGGAGGCGCUUACAUCAACGGCACGGCCGAAGCGCUCUAUAAAAACGGGAUUCUCGGGUGUCAAGCGCCGGUCGGCUACGCGCUCUCCUUGAUGUUCGGUGGAAUUUUGUUCGCGAAAAUCAUGCGAGAGAAGGGCUACAUCACCAUGCUGGACCCAUUUCAACAAAAGUACGGUCAACGAGUCGGUGGGCUGAUGUUUAUCCCGGCCUUGUUGGGCGAGAUCUUUUGGUCGGCCGCCAUUUUGAGCGCACUCGGUAAGGCCCCAUCACUCUCUGACUGUGCCUCUUUUUGUUAGGCUCAACUCUGGCUGUAAUCUUGAACAUGGAUAUCACAGCGUCGGUGGUGAGUUCGGCCUUCAUUGCCGUGGCGUACACUCUGUUUGGCGGUCUGUACGCAGUGGCAUACACAGAUGUUGUUCAACUAUUUUGUAUAUUUAUUGGACUGGUAAGUUGCGCUAUAUACUUUUUGUACUUAGAGAAACGUCUACGCACUUUUGAAAAAGCAUAAUAAUAAUAGACAAAUGCAACUAUGUACACACUUUCAGUGGGCUGCAAUUCCCGCCGCCGUACUCGAGAACAAAACAUCCAGCAUCCUGCACAACCCCUCGCAAUGGAUCGGCGAGGUGGGCGGUUCGUGGCCGGAUAUUUUCCUUUGGUGGGACAACAUGCUCCUCACCAUAUUUGGAGGUAUUCCAUGGCAAGUGUACUUCCAACGGGUCCUCUCCUCCAAGACCUCACGCGGCGCUCAAAUGCUGUCGUACGCCGCCGGCGCUGGCUGCAUUGUAAUGGCGAUCCCGCCGGCUUUGAUUGGCGCAAUCGCCAGGAAUACAGAUUGGCGAUUGACCGACUAUCGCCCAUACAAUAAUGCGACCAAACUGGAGCAUAUCCCACUGGAACAGAGCAGUAUGGUGGUUCCGUUGGUUCUGCAGUACUUGACGCCCAAGUGGGCGACUUUUCUUGGGUUGGGUGCGGUUUCGGCCGCUGUAAUGUCAUCGGCCGACUCGUCGGUACUUUCGGCGGCUUCGAUGUUCUCUCACAACAUCUGGAAACUGACGAUUCAUCCAAUGGUAAGCAGUUUAUACGAGGCAUUACAUAUAGACCUAAUGAAACUGGUAAUCAAAAAGCUACUACUUUCAGGCGACCGAAUCCGAGGUCAUUCUCAUUAUGCGAUUUGCAAUCAUCAUGGUCGGGGUGUUGGCAACAAUGAUGGCGUUGACUAUCCACUCCGUUUACGCGCUGUGGUAUCUAUGCGCUGAUCUGGUAUAUGUGAUCCUGUUUCCGCAGCUAUUGUGUGUAGUUUAUUUCGAAAAAAGCAAUACGUAUGGAUGCUUGGCGGGGUACCUUGGUGAGUAAGCCCGUUUGUGGCGCUUUUACUGUGAUUUGUUUCUGUAUAGUAUAUAAUAUGUUAGUAUGCACUUUAUGAAAAUGUCAGUCUGUCGGGAAAAUAAUGGGCGCACUGUCGCUGCGCCAAUCGCGUCGCUGGAAUGAAAGGAAAUUUCAUUUUGCGGCGACACAAUUCAUUUUCUCGGCGGCAAUGCAAUUUUCGAUGCGAUAUAAUGCUCCUUAUUUUCCCGACAAGCUAAUACUAUAAUAACAAUAACUUUUCUCCUAAUUUUUACUUACUUUUCACCUUUAGUUGGAAUGAUCCUCCGGCUCAGCGGCGGCGAGCCGCUUCUGCAUCUACCAGCCCUCAUCCACUAUCCAUAUUAUGACGCUGCCACCAACGUACAAUAUUUCCCCUUCAAGUCAAUGUCGAUGCUCAUUUCACUGGCGAUCUCCGUCUCAGUCUCGUUGAUAACUCACUACCUAUUCACACGACGAAUAGUCACCGAGGAGUUGGACAUUCUUCACUGCGUCAUAGUCGACGAAGAAGAGUUGGCGCGGCGGAAAAGCGAGAGCAUUUGCUUGAACGGAACAGUGUUUGAUAUGAGAUAUCCGAGAUCAGGGAGUCUGCCGACUCAUAUUUAG